AUGGCCGAUGACCAGCGAGGCCGGGGACGUGGCCGUGGAGGCGGUGACCGUGGUGAUCGUGCUGGUCGCCGAGGCCGCGGUCGCGGGGGUGGAGGCGGACAAACAAGCAACCCAGCAGCCGAUGUAGGCGGGCCUGCACCUGCGAGGGGCGGUGGUAGAGGCGGCAGGGGCGGAGAGGGACACCGUGGCAGCGAUCGUGGUAGUCGUGAAGGUGGCCGAGGCCGAGAUAGUGACUUCGGUGGUCAUCGUGGAGACUUCCGUGGCGGAAGUGACCGUGGACGUGGCGGAGGUGACCGCGGGGGUCAGUACAGAGGGCGCGGCGGCGGCGGCCAGUUUGAUGUCAGCAUGCGCGGUGGUCGAGGCAGCCGUGGCGGUUACGGUGGUCGUGGAGGUGGUAGCCACAGCCAGAUCACAGGGCCAUUUGCGUACAAAAACAAGGCAACCCCACACCCUGACCAGAGUAUCGUCAAGCUCGAGGACCAGCUUAUGGAAGCCUCGUUGGGCGACGGGAAGCAGGAAUCAGUGGCCGCAGACAAGUUCCGCUUCCCGCACCGGCCGUCGUACGGCCGCGAGGGCAAGCCAAUCGAGGUUUGGGCUAACUACUUUGAGCUGGGCAUCGCCAAAAUGCCAUCUCUAUUUCUUUAUACGUUCCAUGUGCACAAGGGGCGGCCGCCUUCGGAUGACAACGCAAGCACUUCCGCAACCAGCCAACAGGGCGUCAAGAUCAAAGGGCCAUUUUUGCGCAAGUUGCUUAAGCAUAUUCUGGAGACAGUCUUGGACGUGCCAGGACUGUCACCCCGGACCGAGCUUCAGAGCAAGUUAAUCACGCUCCAGCGCAUCUCUCAGGAAACUAUCGAUCGCCUAAAGGACACCCAUUUUAACGGCGACCAUUUUGAAGUGGAGUUGGAUGGGCCGCACACACUCGACCUGGACAGUCUCCGGACGUGGCUUGGCACCAUGCACGACGGGCGCGACGCGCAAGAUCUGAGCUUCCCCAAGUUCCAAAAUCUGAUGGAUGCCAUUGGCAUUAUUAUGGGCCAUGGCCCCCGAAUGGGUGGCUCUAACCUCCACGAGGACAACCCACGCACAGUGGCCGUCGGCCGCAGUCGCUUUUUCCCAGUCGACGAGACGAGAGAGGCCGAGCUUUUCCAGCGAUCGCGGCCCCUCGAGAUUCUGCGCGGCUACUUCCAGAGCGUACGGCCUUCUACAGGACGGCUGCUCCUCAAUGUCAACGUCACUCACAGCGUAUUCCGCUCCUCCCGGGAGCGGCCGUUCUUUGAGCUUUUCCGGGACUGCCAUUUUCGCGACCUUGAGCAGUCGUUGAAGGGCGCGCGCGUCCGCAUCACCUACCCGGACCUGUCCCACGAGGAGUACACCGUGUCUGGGUUUGCGAUGAAGCCCGGCGGUGGUGCUGGCUAUGGCGAGACCCGGUUCAAGAAGAUCAGCGAGGUCACGUUCACACUGAACGAGCCUGGUUCGGGCUCGUCUAAGAAGAGGGGCGGAAAAAAGACUGCUGCGCAAAGGCCCACCGGCAAGCAGAUCACUGUCCGGGACUACUUGAAGGACAAAUUUAACGCGGGCAACCUUGCGGACACGAUUGCCGUUAAUGUUGGCAAGAGUCAGAGCAAUCCCGUAUUCUAUCCGGCCUCGUGGUGCUCUCUACUACCUGGACAGCCUUGGAACCGCAAGCUGUCUGGCGAUGAUACCUCGUCGAUGAUCAAAUUUGCAUGCCGCCGGCCCGAAUUAAAUGCCAAGUCCAUUGUGAGUGUCGGGCGCCAGGCUCUCCAACUGGACAACCUCGACGCCUCGUUCAAGGACUACCGCAUCACGGUCGGCGACAAGCUUAUCACGGUCGAUGCCAGAGUCUUGCCUGCCCCUGAUCUGGUCUACGGGAAGAAGUUCAAGAUGGCGCCGCAGCGCGGGUCCUGGAACCUGGCAUCGCGCGAGCUGGCUCAGGGCGGCUCAAAUAAUAUGGACAACGUCAAGUGGGCGUACUACGAGAUGCCCGGAUCUCGUGGUGACGUGAGAUCAGUCAUGGACUCGUUCAUGACCGCACUGAAGGCACUCGGCGUUCCAGUGAGUGAGGCGCCGCUUCAGCUUGGACGACAGGGAGACUACAGCAUGUUCGACACGCGCACAUUCGACGGAAAAGACGAUGCGAUUGAUGCCGCCUUCCGGCGUGCUGUCCAGAGCGCACCCAAGCCCAAGAUCAUCUUGUUUGUUCUGGCCGACAACGACAAGUACGUGUACGAGCGCAUCAAGCUGCUCGGUGACACGGUGUUUGGCAUUCACUCGGUGUGCGUAGUAUCGCAAAAGUUCACUAGAAAUGACGCUCAAUACUUUGCCAACGUGGCACUCAAAUUCAACCUCAAGCUCGGUGGCGUCAACCACAGACUCGACAAGCCGGACAAGCUGGGCAUCAUCUCGAAGGGCCAGACUAUGGUUGUUGGGUACGACAUCAUCCACCCAACGAACUUGGGCGCCGGAAAAGAUGUGCAGGACUUGCCCAGCCAUGUCGGACUCGUGGCCAGCAUCGACAAAGACCUCGCGCAGUGGCCGGCGUGUCAGUGGAGCCAGACUGGUCGCCAGGAAAUGACGUCGGAUGAACUGACGGAGGCUUUCAAGUCUCGUCUGGAGCGCUGGCGCGAGCACAAUGGUGCGUACCCGGACAAUAUUCUGGUGUACCGCGAUGGCGUCUCCGAGGGACAGUUCGAGCAGGUACUGGACACCGAGCUGCCGAAGAUGAAGACGGCGCUCAAGAACGUCGACCAGUCGAAGACGAAAAUCACGAUUGUCAUCUCGGUGAAGCGGCACAACACACGCUUCUUCCCGACCAAGGCAGAAGACAUGUCCCGGUCGGGCAACAUUGAAUGCGGCACGGUGGUGGACCGCGGCAUCACGCUGCAGCGCUACUGGGACUUCUUCCUCACAGCACACACGGCUAUCCAGGGAACAGCACGCCCGGCACGGUACACGGUGAUCUACGACGAGAUCUUCCAGAGCCGCGGCGGCGACCCCAGCAUGUCGACGGGCGAGCUCGAGAAGAUCACGUACAACAUGUGCUACCUGUUCAGCCGGGCGACCAAGUCGGUCAGCAUCUGCCCCCCGGCAUACUAUGCAGACCUCGUGUGCACGCGGGCACGGCUGUACCAGAGCAAGCUAUUCAACCAGGCCAUGGAGGGGUCGGGUUCGGAGCCGGCGGACCGGGUGUUCCCGCAGGUGCACCCCGACGUGCGCCGCGACAUGUACUACAUCUAA